UCAUUUCUGUCAUUUUGGAUCAGACCAGAGCUGACCAGAGAAAAUGAGGUGCGGUGUUGUGUUGCUGGUUGCUGUACUCUCCCUGGGAACUGGAGCUGCUGUCCCACUGAACAAAACUAACUAUGAUCAGAUUCAAGAAAACUUUGAUUUAAAUCAGUUUCUUGGGACAUGGUUCACACUUGCAAAUGGCUGUGAUUGCCCUGAGUUCAUUAAGAAAAUUGAGAAAAUAGUAGCAAUUAGCAAGGUAACAUUGUCAACCAACGAGGAAAUGGAUAAGCUCAUCGGGAACUAUGUGUAUGAUCGGAAUGGAAGCUCGUGUGUUCAGGUGGUGGCAAAGUACAAUGUGCAAGAUCUUCCAGGAUACUUUGUAUUUAAUUCCACUAAUGUCUUUGAAGUCACAGCAGAUGUGCGAGUCAUCAAAACCAACUACCAGGAAUAUGCUUUAAUACUGUAUGACAAAAUGAAAGGAAUGAACCAAACAAAAUCAGUGGCCUUGUACGGAAGGACACGGAAGCUGAGGAAGGAGAUCAAUGAAGAGUUCAAAGAGUUUGCAUUAAGACACGGGAUCCCAGAGGACAUGACCAUCUUUCUGCCUGAGAAAGGAGCAUGUGUUCCAUGGAACCCCAUCCCAGAGUCAUCAGUCAAGGAUCGCAAACGUCGAGCACUUGGAGGACAAGAUGAGGAAGGGUCUGGCUUUGAAGACUUCAUGAACACAACUCAUACUGCAGGAUCCUGUCAACUGGCACCUGAUGCUGGGCCCUGCUUCGGCUAUGAGUUAAAAUUCUACUACAACCACAGCUCAAUGGCCUGUCAGACGUUCAAUUAUGGCGGUUGUCUUGGAAACAGAAACAACUUUAAGUCAGAGCAGGAAUGUUUGCAGAGAUGCAGGACUGUAGCUGCCUGUAGAUUGCCUAUGGAACCUGGUCCAUGCAAGUCAAUUAUUCCUCUCUGGGCUUUUGACUCUUCUGCUGGUGCAUGUGUACCCUUCAUGUACAGUGGGUGUCAAGGAAAUGGAAACAAGUUCUACACCAAGAAGGAGUGUGAGGAAUACUGUGAUGCUGUCCCAGAAGAAGAUGAUGAGCUUCUGGUUGUUCCCAAGAAAGUGUAGCUGGAAGUAAAAGAAGAAAACAGUGAGAGCAAUGAUGGAAAUAAUCAUUAAAGUAAUGACUUUGAGUGAUCCAUCAGACACUUUGUACGGCCUGAUGCUAAAGGAUAGAAGGAGUUUACCCAAAUUCCAGCUCAGUGUUGUGACCAUGCUUUCAAACUAAUCGAUCAAUAAAAUUCUGUAAUUGAAAAUA